GAAUAUGGUAGCCUAAACCCUGACGAAACCACCACCACUUUCUCACUUUUGAGAAUUGUUUUCCUCUCUUUCCUCUCUUUGCAAUAUGCAAAAAAGUGACUUUAUUGACUAACAGCCAUAAAAGCCAUUUAUUACCCUUUACAACAGCUUGACACACAGGAUCAGUCCAAGAUCCAAGUAAACUGUACACGGUGAGGAAAACCUCUGCCUCGACAGAAGUUCCUCCUUAUGUCUUAACAACAAAAUGUUUAACUUGGAUGUGAAGAGAAGGCGUUCUAGUUAAAGGAUAAACAAUAACCAGGCUGAUGACGUUACUGCCGGGCUCGCGGUGGCUGCUGUUGGCCUUCUUUCUGGUGUUUACCCCCGUGUCUGUCGAAGCCUGUUUGACUCAGGACUUCACCUGCGCUCAGGGGUUGUGUGUGCCUGAGGACUGUGUGUGUGACUUUACUGACAACUGCGGAGACAGCAGCGUUGAAGAAAACUGCUCCAGAUGUAAGAGGUGUGACUUUGAGGAGGGAUUCUGUGACCUGACCCAGAGCUCGAAGGAGCUCUCUGGAUGGAUCAGAACGACUCAGGCCCCAGGACUCAGUCAUGACCACACCAACAACACAUCAGCAUACUUCCUGUCCCUUCUACCUGUCAAAGGAAACAGAACCACAGCAGACCUGAGCAGUCCCAUCUUCCUGCCCAGUCAGACUUGCCAUAUGAGUUUCUAUCAUUAUUUUGGGACAAAACAUGGAGAUCUCCAGGUGUUGGUUCAGACUCAAACACUGGAUCAGAGCACAGAGGUGUGGAAAAGCUCUACGCAAUCACAGACGGAAAUGUGGAUGCAGACGGUGAUCAGCAUUUCCAGUAAUGACAGUUUUCAGGUGCUGAUUCGGGGACAACUUUCAGCAGACAGCGAAGCCUCCGAGGUCCUGGCCGUGGAUGACCUAUCCUUCAGUCCUGGCUGUGUGACUGUGACUGAAAACAGUGUACCAACUCCUGUCUGCCCUCCCUCAUGGUUUGCCUGUGGUGAUGGGAAGUGCAUCGAGGAGAGCAAAGUGUGUGACUUCACCCCACAUUGUCACCAUGGAGAGGACGAAGCCAUCUGCUCCUCUGAGUGCGACUUUGAGAACGGUUCUUGCGGCUGGUACGAGCUCACCCUUGGUGAUGGCUUUGACUGGGUCAGGGGCUCAUCUGUUGAGGUACCUCCACAUUACUAUGGUGACCCGCCACCUCUGGACCACUCUACAAAUAGCACCAAAGGCCACUUCAUGUUUAUAUGGAAGAACAGUAGCAGCCUCUAUCCAAGUGCUGUUCUCCGAGGACCCUGGUUCACACAAUCCGCUUCCGGGUGCACCAUGACCUUUUGGCAUUAUAACUCAGGCAUAUCCGUGGGGGCUACAAGUAUGUUCCUUCGAGUCAAAGGAGUCCAAAACAACACUGUCAUAUGGAGGACUUUGUAUGACCAGGGACCCCACUGGAACCAGACCACUGUACAGCUGGGGCGCAUCACCCGGCCCUUUCAGAUUGCUCUGACUAAGAUCAGCCUCGGCGUAUUUGAUGGGGUCUCUGCCUUGGAUGAUGUCACCUUCAAGAACUGUUCGAUGCCCCCCGCAGUGUCGGAGUGCCCCUCACACACGCAUUUCCACUGUGUGCACACAAAGGCAUGUGUGGAGUACUUGCAGCUCUGUGACCUUGUGGAUGACUGUGGUGAUGGAUCUGAUGAGGAGGGAUGUUCUCCAGAGCUGCAGUGUAACUUCGAGCACGGGCUGUGCAGUUGGAAACAAGAACAGAGUGGAGGAGAUGCGUUUGACUGGACUCGCAUCCAAGGCCCCACUCCAACGUUUAACACCGGGCCCUGGAAGGACCACACACUGGGCACGAGCUACGGCCACUACCUCUACAUCGAGUCCUCUGCGCCCCAGAAGUUCAAGGACACGGCUGUGUUGCUGAGCAGAGUCUUCCAACCCACCCAUCAGCGUAGCAAGAACCUGUCCACGUCCCGCCAACACUGUGUUUUACGCUUCCAUUACCACAUGUUUGGCUCACAUGUGCUCUGCCUGGCAGUGUACCUCAGGACCACAGCUACAGGCCGUGGGUUCAUGCUGUGGGUUCGAUAUGGAGACCAAGGAAACCUGUGGCACAGGAAAACUCUCUACCUCAGCAGUGUGCGGCCUUUCCAGAUUUUGAUUGAAGGUACAGUGGGAGAUGAUUUUAAUGGAGACAUUGCCAUUGAUGACCUCUCCUUCCUGAACUGCGACCUUUAUGAUGGAGAGCUGCCUAAACCGAAUACUACAACCCCUGCAGUGACGACCCCACCCCCCACAGUUCAGCCCCACAGCUGCCCUGAUGGAGAGUUUGCAUGUGGGGCCCACAGGGAGUGUGUCGCCAACAGCAAAGUUUGUGACUUCAGACGAGAUUGUUCUGAUGGCUUAGAUGAAUUAAGUUGUGUGAAGGAGCUGUGUGAUUUUGAAGGCGGUGACACUUGUGGUUGGGAGGGUGCCGACUCCUCUUUGGUCCAGGACCACUCAUUUCACUGGUCACCUGACCAAGGGGAGAGCAUUCAUGAUGGAGAGGAGUACCACCGUCCUAUUAACGACCACACACUAGGCAGUCCAGAAGGUUGGUAUUUGUGUGCAGACAGUUCAAACGGUGGUUAUGGGCAAACUACUGACCUCCAGACACCUGUCAUCUCCUCCACUGGACCACAGUGCACUCUAGUCUUCUGGUACUACAUGACUGGCUUCACAGUGGGAUCACUGAAAGUGCUGUUGAAUAAUGGAAACGUCUCUGAUGAGGUUUGGUCUCAGACUGGCAACCAAGGCAACAAAUGGAGACAAGGCGAAGUGUUUUUGGGGUUAUUAAGCAACUUUCAGGUGGUGUUCAGGGCGAAGCGAGGGAUCAGCUACAUGGGCGAUUUGGUGAUAGAUGAUGUCAGCUUCCUGCACUGCUCGCCACCUCUUCCUUCAGACCAGCCGUGCUCACCUGAGCAGUAUGCCUGCGCUAAUGGCAACUGCAUCCCUCAGGACAACCUAUGUGACUUCAUUAACCACUGCGGGGACAACUCUGAUGAGGACCCCUACAUCUGCAAGGGCUUUAGCGGACGCUGCAGCUUUGAGUUUGACCUCUGUUCCUGGCGUCAGUGCCGACAGGACGACUUUGAUUGGCGGAUCAAAGCGGGCAGCACUCCGACAGUUGGCACGGGGCCAUCGAGUGACCACACUCUGAGGGAUUCCUCAGGGCACUACCUUUACCUGGAGAGCUCCUUCCCCCAGGCAGCUGGAGACAUCGCCCGCAUAUCAGGACCAUUACUGAGCCGCAGGAGCUCACAGUGCAAGAUGCGUUUCUAUAUUCACAUGUCCGGAGAUGGCAUUGGAACCCUCAGCGUGCUCAGGAAAAGCAGUGGACAGCUUCAUCUCCUUCUGAACCUGACGGGAGAUCAGGGCAACUACUGGCAGCUGAGGGAGAUCCCUCUGAGUGACACCAGUGACUUUCAGGUCAUAUUUGAGGGCAAGGUUGGCGGAAGUCCAAAGGGUGACAUCUGCCUGGAUGAUAUCACCUUCUCUCCAGGGUGUUUGCUUGCCUCCUCAGCGAAGGAAGCUGACAGCACGCCUUCGCCUCCUGCAGGUUUCUGUCCUUCAGGCUUCCUGCCUUGUGAAAAUGGCCGCUGUUUCACUCCGGGACAGAGAUGUGACUUCACAGAUGACUGUGGCGAUGGCACUGAUGAAAAGCAUUGUGGGAGUUCCUGCACGUUUGAGGACGGUCGCUGUGGCUGGCAGAGCUCCCUGGCUGAUAAUUUUGAUUGGACUCUGGGAACUGGAUCUAUUGAAAAAAUACGGCCUCCCUAUGAUCACACUCUGAUGGAUGAAACUGGUCAUUUUGUCUAUCUGGAAGCUACGCCAGUGGGACUCAAAGGUGACAAAGCUCAUAUUAGGAGCUCUGUUUGGAAAGAGUCGAGCGCCAUCUGCAAGCUCUCCUUCUGGUACUACAUUUCCCAUAAGGCCUCUGGAACAAUCCGCCUGCUGAUCAAGACAGAGAACAACUUGUGGGAGGCGUGGAACAAAACAGGGCAUCAAGGGAAUAAUUGGAACCACGCAGAGGUCCCCCUGAGGAAGCUGAGGAACUUUGAGGUGAUAUUUGAGGGGAUUCGCUCGUGGGACUUGAGUGGAGGUGCUGCCCUGGAUGACCUGGAGUUUAUAGACUGUGCCCCAAGUGUGGUACAGUCAGUCAUUUGUCCUGCAGUCACAGAUUUUGUGUGUCAGUGUGGCUACUGCAUUGAGUCCCACCUGGUGUGCGACAACAAGGCCGACUGCGCUGAUGCAUCAGAUGAGAUAGACUGUGACUACAUCUUUGGCUUGCCAGGUGCUUGCAGUUUCAACAUGGGUAAAAACCAAUGGGAAGAGACCUGCCAGCUUUCUCAGGAUGCUGAUGAUGACUUUGAUUGGAGGAUCGGUCAUCAGACUGAGACUCCAGGAGCUGGACCUCACGGUGAUCACAGUCCUGGUGGCGGAGGGAACUUCAUGUACAUAAACUCAGCCAUUCAGAGGGAGGGUGACAUUGCCAAAGUAACAACCAGGACUCCAUUCCCAGCCAGUAUCGGCCUGUGUCACCUGCGCUUCUGGUUCUACAUGCAUGGCUCUGAUAGGAUGGGAACGCUGAAGGUCUACACUGUUGGACCCAGUGGCACCAGUCUGCUGAUGUGGGCAGCCACUGGAAAUCAUGGUAACCGGUGGACAUAUGCUAAUGUCAUCCUGUCCAACCCAGCGCCUUUCAGAGUGACCUUCCAGGCAGAGGUGGGUGGGGACAUGUGGACAGACAUUGCCGUGGAUGACAUCUCUUACACUGCAGAGUGUUUGGCCGAAGAACCUUUGACUCCCCAGCCUCUGACAUGUGGCGUGGAUCAGUACCAGUGUGCGUACUCCCUUCAGUGUAUCCCAGCCAGUUGGAGGUGUGACGGAGAGCUGGACUGUGCCGACAGGUCCGACGAAGAGUUUUGUCCCUCUGCGGUACCUGGCACUGUCCCUCCUCAGGAUAAGUGUCCCGCUGGACAUUUCCAGUGUUCAAAUGAUCUCUGCCUGCCUUCCAUACUGCGUUGUGACAGAGUCCCAGACUGCCCCAAUGGAGAGGAUGAGUACAGCUGCCCCCUGCUGCAGUGUGAGCUGGGAGAGCUGGUGUGUGAAGGUUCCCCUGGUUGUGUCCCACUUCAGCGGCGUUGUGACCACUCUGCCGACUGUCUUCCUUUUCACUCUGAUGAGUCGAGCUGCCAUGAGUGUCCUCGACUGUAUUGUCUAGAUCGAGGCUCAUGCCUUGUGGAGAGACACGGGCCCGUCUGCAAGUGUUAUCCAGGAUGGACAGGCAACCGCUGCCACGUGAAGGAGAAACUGUCUCUCACCACUGCCACGGCCAAACCAGAGGACACACAGCUGGAUGCUGUGUAUGUUGGCAUCGCCAUCGGGCUGCUGCUGCUGGUAGCCGGAGUCGCUGUCUGCGUUUUGGCUUUGUGCAAGAAACGUUGCUACUCCAUAAAGCCCAGCUCGAUGCCGUACGGGGUGAUGGAUAGCCCAGACUGCGACUGGAGAGCAAAGCUCCCGUCCCCGUGUGAAAGGCCAUGUGGUUGUCCCAGAGUUAACCCUGGGAUGAGUGAUGGUCGGGGGCUCUCCAUCAGUGUCUACCCCUGGACGAGGGAGGUGGAGCAGGAUUCGACCUGGAAAGAUGCCAAGCGCUCCUUCGCCAACCCAUUGUACAAUUACUCCCCUGAUGCUAAUAGGGCUGACUGCAAAAGCUCUCAAGCAUAGAAACAAUAGACUUCACAUAUUGACACUGCAGUAGAUCUGGGUCAGACACUGUGUGCACAUACUUGAUGAGUCUGUCUCAACCUGCUGAGGUGCCAACAGGAGGGGAGACAAUGUUAAGAUUGGUAUAAAGUCUGGAUAUUUUGCAAGGAGGUAUCUGAAUCUCAGUUCUAAUACACUUCUGUUGCUGUUGUGUUUGACAGCUAAAUUAUCAGUUAAUCAAAUGAAUGUGAACAUGAUGCUCCAAACCCAUCUGUUACUCAGUAUGAAAAAUUAAACCUAAAUUGGCUGCACACUUGCCCAUAACUGUUAAGUUCAAUACAAAUUGUGUCCAAAUAAAAACCAAUACAAUUUGCGUUAAUAAAACACUUGAGAUGG